CCUGAAGGUCACUUGAAGGUCAUUUAUAGAUUGUGGUCAAGAAUCAUAGUAACUCAAAGUUCUGCAUUAUUUGUCAUUCUGCUGGUUUCAAUAAGGUUAACUCAUAGUUCCUGAACUUUGUUUUCCUAACGUUCAUUCGGCUAGUCUGAAGGUCGUAGCAAAACUUUGAAGGGCGUUAUUUGGCUUAUUCACACGGUUCUCCGUGCAUAUUUCUUGUAAUAUUAUGGUACAUUCAUUAAACCAUGCACAGAAAGCCUAAACUAGCUAUUUAUGUUAAGGUUCUAGAUUGCGCCCAUGAAAACGACCUAUCAUUAUUAUAUCGUCCAAUUUUCUCUCGGACGUUUCUAUCCUAGUAUUUUUCUCUCGAAUAAAGUAUCUGACUACUUUUCUGUUUAUUUACACAGAACUAUUUUGUUGCAUUGCUCGCUGUUACUUAUAAAAAUGGGCGACACGGUUGGUCCCGCAGCGUAUGUCCUUUUUGACGAACUAUACACCAAAGAAAAUGUUUUUCACUCCAUAAUAACCAAUAACAAAACUCUAAAUAUUCGUCUACUGGGAAGAUUUUCUGCCUUCAAAGCUGAUAGCAAUCUGGUUGAAUUGUUGUCUCCAUUUCAAGGUGGUGCUAUUCCUUGCAUUAUUGUCAAUGUAAAAUAUCUAACUGAAAACCAGAAGCAAUGUUUUUCAAGUCAGACAGCUAAUGAACGCUUAAUACAAUUUAUUGGAGAGUUAAGUAUAUCAGAAGAUAAAAAACACUAUCACCUUACAGCGUUUUCAUUUACCUUUAUGGAUGGUGUGAGUCUAGAUUUAUAUAGAACUGUAACAAAGAUAACUCGAAGUUAUAUUGCCUACUUACCGUCUGUAUGAUUUAUUUUGAAGCUUUUUUGUGUAUAUACUGCAGUUAUCCCUGUUUUUCCUAUGUGGUAAUUCAAUGAUUUAUUGAAAGAAUGAAUAGAUUGUGAGUAAACGAUUCUGUUAUUUUUCAACAUAUUUAUUUGUGAUUGUAUUUGAAAAUCCUUAGGUAAAAUAACGCGAACUAAUUGAUUUACGAGUACAGAUAUCUGACUGGAAAUUUCUUAUGAUGUUCACUUGUACUAAACGAGAUACUUUUGACUACAUAUGGAUUUACUCUUCAUCUUACUUUAUGUCUUGAGUUCCAAAAUUAUUUUUGUUUUGCUUUUUAUACCAAUAACUCAUCAUUUCUUCUCGAAUCAUAUUAUCCGUUUAAUCUAAUCUGUCUAAUACCACCGAUACUGCUACUACCAUUAUUACAGCUGUUUAUUUGUCUUGGUAAUUUUAUGUCGCUGUGGCGUGUGACAACUAGAACUACUGUACAUUUUUGCCAGGUUUUACGUUGAUCAUGGCUGGCUGCUUAAAGGAGGCGUUAAUGGCAUGCGCUUUAUGUGGAAAUACUAAAUUAUUAGACCAUCGUUAUAUAUGUAACUAAUUUUCUUGAUGUUGAGCCGUUUUUAGUCACUUGUGAUGUAAGUGAGUUAUCAGUCUUUCAACCAAAAGACGAUUAUACCACACAGCAGUUCACUCGGUUGCAUUUUAUUGUUGCAAAACGCAUUCG